CUGAGUGUGUGAGAGAAAAGAGGAGAGAGAAAAGGAGAAUCAGGGUGGCAGCUGCUGCAGCCUGACAGGAAGGUUCAGGGAGGAAAGGAAGAAAGGACUUGGAAUUAGCAUUUUCAGAAUUAGCUGCAGAAUUGUGGUCUUGCUCCUCUGUUAUCUGGCCCUAAAUGCAUUUCGAUAAAGGAAGACGCUUGGGGGUUGAAUAAAAGCAGGGAGAAACAGGGGACAUCAAGUCUGAGCUUGUAGGAAGUCAAAGGUGUGGGCAUGGCUGCCAAGAGAGGCAAGUCUGGCGUGCCACAGAGUGUGGCAAGGAGCGAGUUAAAGGUGUACCGUGUUGGCAGCACAGAGGGUCGCAUACCGGUGCCAUCCAACCUCCGCAAGCAAAGAUCCCUGACCAACUUGGCCGUGCUGACAGAUGCGGAGAAGAAGAUGCAACUCUAUGAGCCCAAAUGGUGUGACGAUAUGAGCAAGGCUGCCUCGGGCCACCUGAAGAUGGGCAAGCCCAAACCAGCGGGUGGAGGCGGGGCAGGUGGUACCCAACUCUCCCGCAACCUCUCUAAAUCGGACCAUUCCCUAUUCCAGGGCAAACCCAAGUCGUUCACCCCAUUGGCAGCACCUGGUGCCUUGGGCAAGGGCCAAAGUCGGAUCCCUCGGGGCCCUUAUGCGGAAGUAAAACCACUUAGUAAGACAUCCGAUGAUUGCAAGUCUGACGACGAUAUCCUUUCCAGCAAAGCCAAAGCGAGUGCAAAGAAGGGAGCUGCCGGGUGUUCUGGGGACCCUGAAGGCAAAGGUCAAGGUGAGGAAGGUGGAGAUAAACCCUUCCUCAAAGUGGACCCAGAGUUGGUGGUCACUGUACUUGGUGACUUGGAGCAAUUGCUCUUUAGUCAAAUACUUGAUCCAGAGUCUCAGAGGAAACGUACAGUUCAAAAUGUUCUGGAUCUCAGACAGAAUCUGGAGGAAACCAUGUCCAGCCUGAGAGGAACCCAGCUCAGCCAGAGCUGUCUGGACAGCAGUGUAUGCUAUGACAGUGAUGAAACCAACGCUCGCAGUGUCUCCAGCCUCUCCAACCGUUCCUCACCGCUCUCCUGGAGGCAUGGGCAAGCCAGUCCCCGUCUGCAAGCUGGCGACGCCCCUUCCUCAACUGGCAACAGCUAUUUGGUGGGCACCAAGGCAUCAUCCCAGUACACCUCUCACACAAUGCCCGCUCGCUGUUCUAGCCAUCUCAGCCACACGUCACGCAGCGAGUUCAUCGAAGGGUUGGACGCUGGUGAGAGCGACCUCAAGUCCGGAUACCUUAGUGAUUCUGAUUUACUAAGCAAGAGUCUGAAUGACGACGAUGAUGAUGACAAUUUGGCUAAUGGUUGGGAUGAGAGCAGCUCUAUCAGCAGUGGUUUGAGUGAUGGUUCUGAUAACCUGAGCUCAGAGGAACUCAACGCCAGCUCGUCUAUGAACUCUCUCCCCACCACACCCAUCGGCUCUCGACGCAACUCUUCCAUUAUGUUGCGAACUGAUGCAGAGAAGCGUUCUCUGGUGGAGAGUGGACUGGCGUGGUACAGCGAGGACAGAAAAUCCUUACAGAAGUUUGACGGUGUUUAUGACACUGGCAGCCUGAAAGCAGAGUCCUCCACCAAAUGGAGGAAAACUCGGCCGCCGGACGGUUCCACGACAGAGAAAACGGGGAAAGGUGAACUGAAGAAACCUCAGAGUCUCGGACAACCCAGCAGCUUUAAGAAGAGCCGAAAUCCACCCGUGGGCAUCACCUCACCCAUUACACACACUUCACAAAGUGUGCUAAAAGUAGCAGCCACUAAAGGAGAUUCUAAGGCUGUUGAUAAGGUAAAAAUGUCCGUGAAGGCAACAGGUCUCCAGCGUUCUCGCUCCGACGCUGGUCGAGACAACGCAGAGUACCGUAAGCCCCCCUCAGGUCUAGUGAAACCCACCGCCGGCUCCUCCUUCGGUUACAAGAAACCGCCAACCACAGGUACCGCCACUGUACUGACAGCAGGGGGCGCCACUAUCACGAGUGGCUCAGCCACUGUGGGAAAAACCCCAAAAUCUUCGGCCAUCCCGAUCAAACCUGUUCCUGGUGGUGGUAGCCGUAAAAACAGCUUUGACGCCAGCGGAUCAGAACAAGGGUUUCUUUCGGCCAACGCCCGCGGAAGCAUACAAUACCGCAGCCUUCCGCGACCUGCCAAGUCUAGCGCUAUGAGCCUAACUGGGCGACCUUCAUCUCGCCCUGUUAGCGGAACAAUUGAUUCCAGUCUCCUCACCCUUAAACCUGUACCACCUUUGCCCAACACCAUACUCACCAGAGGUAAGGAAGGGAACAGUUUGAAGGCAUCCAGCCGUCCAUGCAACAUAGGACCGGUUAAUCAAACAGAUCGUGAGAAGGAGAAAGAGAGGGCAAAGGCCAAAGCCGACUUUGAGAUCAGCUGUCUGAAGGGCGAGAAUCAAGGCAGCAGCUGUGGAGAAGCUGUUGAGAAGAUUCAUCGAGUGCGGAGGACAAGUUCAAGCAAAUAUCCUGAAUUGAGCUCCCCGACUUGCACACCGAGGUUCCUCAGUAGUAAAUCUCUAGUCUACCCUCCAAGCCUGGCUCACCUAGACAAGGUCAACUCCAACAGUCUGGACUCCUGUAUCACCAUCCAAGACCUUCCUCCCAAGAUCCCUCCCUUCUCCAAACUCCAGGACCUGGCUGGCUCCCGUGUGCCCCCUCGACUCACACCGAGCCCAGCGCCGGUGCUUCACAUCGACUCUCCGAGCUGUUUCACUGGGCAGGCUCUGUCUGUGAGCAGUUCUCCCAUCCUCUACCCAAAGAUGUCCGGCCUUCACCGCAGCAUGGAGUCACUGCCACUUCAUAUGAGCGUGCCCACCAAAACUGACCUGGGAGACCGAGAGGAGGCCAGGAGUACUGGGACAUGGGGUGUGGGCAGUAGGAUAUCCAUCACCUUGAGUGACAGUUUACAAACUGAUAGGAACACCUUACCCAAGAAAGGAUUAAGUCGUUAUGGCAGCAGCCAAUCAGAGGGAGAGGGGAGGGAGCGCCGUCAUUCCCACACGAUCACUUCCAUGACAGAAUCAGAGAGUCCGCCCCAGCUGCCCUCACCCACACACGUCAUGCACCCUUUCAUUGGGAAAACGCCGCCAACUAAUGUGGUGGCUCCAAUCUCGAGUUCAGUCUGUGGUUCCCAGAUCACACGCUCCAACAGCAUCCCGGCUAACGACAUUGGUUAUGAUCUGUACGGCACAUCUCCUCUGGGCAGUUCUCUGUCUCUCGCCGAUCGACCAAAGAGCAUGAUGCGCUCCGGAUCCUUCCGAGAGCCUGGAGAAGAUGUUCAUGGUUCUAUGCUGUCUUUGGCCUCCAACGCUUCAUCCAACUAUUCUUCUACUGAAGACAGAAUGCAUGGAGAGCAAAUCCGGAUAUUGAGGCGCGAGCUCGAGUCUUCUCGGGAUAAAGUGGCCAAUCUGACCACACAAAUCUCAGCUAAUGCGAACCUGGUUGCGGCGUUUGAACAGAGUCUGGGGCUGAUGACUGCACGACUGCAAAGUCUUUCAACCACCUCAGAGCAGAAGGAUUCUGAGCUACAGGACCUGAGGGAAACCAUAGACAUCCUGAAGACCAAAAACACAGAGGCACAGGCCAUCAUUCAAGGAGCGCUCAAUAACCCUGAAACCACACCCAAAGAGCUGCAGAUGGACCGGCAGAACUCAACAGAGAGCAUCUCCAGUCUGAACAGCAUCACCAGUCACUCGAGUGCCGGCAGUCUGAAGGAACAAGAAGCUAAGAAGAAGAAGAAGAAGAGCUGGUUAAGAAGCUCCUUCAACAAGGCCUUCAGUAAAAAGGGUCCCAAAGCAUCCUACGCAGAUAUUGAGGAGAUCGCAACACCAGUCGCCUCGGUGCCCUCGUCGCCCAAAAUCCACCAUGAUGUUGAAAACGGCCCUGCAACAGCCUCCACCUCAACAUCAGGGUCAUGUGAGGGCACAGAACAAGAUGAGAAGGUGGUGUCCGAGUUACGCACAGAACUGUGGGAGAAAGAACGCAAACUGACGGACAUUCGUUUAGAGGCACUGAGCUCCGCUCAUCAGCUCGAGCAGCUGCAAGAGGCCAUGACCAACAUGCAGCUUACGGUUGAAAACCUGAAGGCGGAGAAUGACCAGCUGAAGACCGGUGGCCCCUCCUCCCGACCGCCAAGCUCCACCUCCCAGUCAUCUGGGCUCGGAUCAUCGGGCAUCUCAUCACCACGGCAAUCAGUGUCGUCAUUCAGCAAAAACAUUGGUGCGGGUCAAAAUGAGCCUUACCCAGAUGUCUUUCAAAGCCCCACCACGACUUUGCAAAAGGAUGAAAGUCUUGUCAGAGUUGUUGUUCGCAUGCCAAAUCAGCACAUAUUUCAAGAUGAGGUAAAACAGCAAGAGUUUUUCAUUGGCUCGGUCAAAAUCAGCGGACGGACGGACUGGUUUGCUCUCGACUCUGCAGUUAGCUGGGCUUUUAAAGAGUAUUUAACAGUGGUGGACCCAAGCUCCAGUCUCGGUCUCUCGCAGGACUCCAUCUACAGCUACAGUCUGAGUCAUCUCAAGAGGGUUUUGGGUGCACAGCCACCUGAAACCCUACCAGUACGCCUUUACACGAAAGGCUCGCCCUGUAUGAGUGUGGCCCUGAAAGGUCUGAAGGAGAAGUGUGUAGAUGUUCUCGUGUUUGAGACACUGAUACCAAAACCCAUGAUGCAGCAUUACAUCAGUCUGCUGCUCAAACACCGGCGGCUGAUCCUAUCGGGUCCUAGCGGCACAGGAAAGACCUACCUCACCUACCGGCUCGCAGAGUACCUGGUGGAGCGCAGCGCUCGAGAGGUCACGCCCGCCAUCGCCGUCACAUUCAACAUGCACCGCCAGUCCUGCAAGGACUUGCAGCUCUACCUAUCCAAUCUAGCCAAUCAGAUUGAUCGAGAGAGCAACACAGCAGAAAUCCCAUUGGUCGUCAUCCUGGAUGAUGUGCAUGAUGCGGCAUCCAUCAGUGAACUUGUUAAUGGUGCUUUAACCUGUAAAUAUCAUAAAUGUCCAUAUAUAAUAGGGACAACCAAUCAGCCAGUGAAGAUGACCCCGAACCAUGGACUACACCUCAGCUUCAGAAUGGUGACGUUCUCCAAUAACGUGGAGCCAGCCAACGGAUUCCUGGUGCGUUACUUGCACAGAAAGCUCAUGGAGGCAGAAGAUCCCAGGAGAGUGCGCAAUGAAGAUCUGCUGCAGGUGCUGGACUGGGUGCCCAGACUCUGGUACCACCUGCACACCUUCCUGGAAAAACACAGCACCUCCGAUUUUCUCAUUGGCCCUUGUUUCUUCCUUUCCUGUCCCGUCACAGUAGAAGAAUUCCGCACAUGGUUCAUUGAUCUGUGGAAUCACUCCAUCAUUCCUUACCUGCAGGAAGGAGCCAAAGAUGGCAUUAAGGUUCAUGGGCAGAAGUCAGUUUGGGAGGAUCCAGUGGAGUGGGUGAGGGGUUCUUUACCAUGGCCCUCUGCUCAACAGGACCAGGCCAAACUCUGCCAUCUGCCUCCCCCCAGCACUGGCCCCAUCAGCCCCAGUCAGCCCGGAGAUGAUCGGCCACACAAAGAGACUCCAACCAGCUCUGUUGAGACCGAUCCACUGAUGGCUAUGCUGUUAAAACUGCAAGAAUCUGCCAAUUACAUUGAGUCACCAGAGAAAGAGACGGACCUCAAACUCCCUCCGCUCUGAACCUGUCCUCCUCCAUCAUCUCUCCUGACACUGACACCGAGGUCCAAACUCCAUCUGACGCCCCACACCUGCAGAUGACACUGUACUGUUACAAUAAUUGCUGUUAGUACACUUCCCCCAUUUAUUUAUUACGUCAUCCAUCCACAUAAAUCACGGCAACAAAUCUCUCACAACAGUACUGUGGCAGAACCAUGGUUCAGUGAUGCUAAUACCAUGGUCCUUUGAUAUAUAAUUGCCAUAUUACUAUAGCAUGGUAAUACCAUAGUAUUAUCAUGGUAGUGUCCAAAUAAACAUGAUAAAGGGUGUCAUAUGAAUCAAACUUUUGUCAUCUAAUAGAUUAAAAAUAUGAACGAUAAAUUUUUAUCAUUUCAAAGCACUUAUAUCUGCAUAUAUCUGUUUACAGACGCUAAUAGGUAUGUAAUUAUCUCUCCGGGAACCCUUACUGUCAACACCACUGCUGCCCAUAUACACAACUCAAGGAAACAGGUGCUAAACUUACUAGUGUGCACGUCAAACUUCAUCCCAAAGUGGUAAUGUCAAGGUCAACAGUCAAAAUAUAUAUUUCUCCUCACCGAUGGCCACUUAAGUCUUUGCUGCUAUGUAAACGACAUUGACUCGCCAGAGCGUAUGCCAUAAUCUAACGUUUUACAUUUGGAAACACUUAUGCAGACUUUGUUAAACCUUUUCUUUCUCUUGCAAACACAGUGAAUGCCUUACAACUUAACUGUAAUAUCAUGUUUCCUGCUGUAGAGGGCAGUGUUGAGCAACAUUCCGAAAAUAAGAAUUGUCUCCCUUUCGAUUUAUGAGUGUGAAUUUGAAUUGAAUUGACCACAGGAUGUUGAAUUGGAAUUUGAAAAAAUAACUAUUUAUUUGGAAUAUUUGUAUCUAUUUUCUUGACUAAUUAUACAUAUUUCUACAGUAUAAGCCAAGUGCAAUUCUGUUAAAAACAUGUAACACAGCCAUCAGAAAUUUAGUGUGCAUUUUGUCCCACAAAAUGUUGUCAUAUAGUUUGCAAAUAGCUAUAUAAAAAGAAAUAUUGACAUUAAAAUUUUAAUCUGUUGCUUUUAUUAAAACUCAACUUCAUUGUCAUUGUGCAGAGUACAGGUACAGAGCCAAUGAAAUGCAGUUGUUUUCGCAUAUCCCAACUAAGCUGGGGUCAGAGCGCAAGGUCAGCCAUGAAACAGCACCCCUGGAGUAGAUAGGGUCAAGGGCCUUGCUCAAGGGCCCAACAGUGGUAUCUUUAUGGUGCUGGGGCUUGAACCCCCGACCUUUCGGUCAGUAACCCAGAGCCUUAACCGGUGAGCCACCACCAUAUAUAAAUAUAUAUAUUUAAAUUUAACCAAAUUUCUGUAGGUAGCAUUUCAAAACUUUUUUUGAUUACUAAUAUUGCCCAGUGUUUCUAUAAUUACCCCAUUUGAAAUGUGCAUGAUAACAUAUUAAUGAGUAAUUAAUCAUGAAUUAAUACUGAAUAAUGAAAUCAUUAAAAACUACACUUACAGCAGGUAUAUGAAAUCCUUUGUAUUUCAUCCAACUCGAAUUGCAACUCUACAUCCUGUUUAAAAGGCAUUCUCAAGUCUGUUCUGAAUGCGAACAACCUUGGUACAGUGUUCACAGAAUCAAAACCUGUUUUCCGGACCCACUUUAUAUUAGGUGUCUUUAACUACUAUGUGCUUAUGCAUUUGAUGCAGUGUACUUAUUAUGCACAUGUGUUGUGCAUUGUACUUACAUUUAAAGUACAUGCAUUUAAUUACAUCUGUAGUUACAUAGUUAACCUUACCCCUAACCCUACUUCUAAAUCUUCCUGUACCUCAACCUCAGUAGCAGCAAAUGUGAAUCUUAUGAGAAUUUUGCAGAACAACAUGUAGUUACACAAUAAGUACAUUGUAUUGUAUGUGUUUAAAUGUUAGUAAAUAGUAUUUAAAGAUGGUUUCCCACUAAAGGCUGGCGGAGUAGAUACGCGUUGUUAAGAUAUCAGAUCCCAACUACAACUGGCUGUGAACGCGUUCAGCAGCAUUCAGACUUUUGUGCACUUCGUGUCACGGUAAUGUUACUGUAGAGAACUUUUACUUGGCUUUGACACUGAGCUCAGGGGUUUGGUUAUCUCAGGCCCUUUAAUUAUCACUCCAUAUAUCUACUUUCUCAGUUAACUGCUCUCUUUGCAGCAAAUGGUGCAACUACAACAUCUAAAAAAACGAAAACUCAGUGCUUUACUCAUUAUCAGCCUUUUAUUUCGUGUACAAGAGAUGAGUACCCCAAAAAAGUGCAUUCAGAUGUGAUGCUGCAAAUUGGAGGAUAAAGAUUAUCUUGGAUUAUUUGGUGCUAUCGGAUAUCACUUAAGAAUAAAUGGCUACUCGACAUUCAAUAGUCUUAGUUUAAGAGUGUUUAAGGGCAUCUUUAGAUACAAACAACUGAUAAUGACUUUGCUUGUGAGAAUAAUGACAAUUUAAGUUCAUUUGUUUGAUCUUUUUUGUAGUAGUUUUAGGUUGCAAAUCAUCUUUUAGACAAGAAAAUUCACAGCAGAUUUGAAUCUUUUAAUCUAAAGUAGUGUUAUAUAUCAAAAUGCAAGGUUUCUCAUAAAUAAUGUAGUGUAUGUAAAUGAUGUCCACUCCCUUCAAAUGAUUUACCUGGUAUCUUGUGUAGUACGGGAAUAGAGGAAGUGGAUUUACUUGCAGAAAGCAGUGGUGAACCAGUAAUUUCCCAUCUUUGUACCUGAACUUACUACUCGUAUCCAAGCAUGCUCGUAAGAACUGGACUUUGGAGUGAAAGUAAAAAAUAUUAGCUCAAAUUUAUUCCAUUAUUCCCUUCUAUUCAUCGUAUAUAUCCUACAUUAUCAUUAAUCUUCUAUGUAAAUAUGAUUUUCAUUGGUCCUUCUCUUCAUGGACACAAAAUGGUUCGGUGGAGUUUAUUAACCGGAUAGAAAAGGCAAUUAUUACUUUUUAUUAGCCUUCUUCAUUUGCACUGCUGCUUCCAGUCAAAACAUGUGAGAUUUAUAUUUGAUUACGUUCCAGAGAUGAGACAGUGUGGCAAUGGCUUUUGUAACUAAAAAGUAAAAAAUAAAAAAGAUUCUCCACAGUAGUAUCUUAGCUGCAUUUGGCCCACUUGAGUCUUUUUUCCCAGUAAAAUAAUCUAAACGUCCUUAAAACAAUGAAGAAACAAAAUAGUUUGCGAUAUUAACCCUCCUAUUUUCUUAGGGUCAUUUUUGCCCCGGGACAGAUAAAGAAUACGUUGUAAAUACAGCAUAGUUAUUGGUACUUUGGACUUUGUCAAGACCAUCAAAACAAACAAAAUAAAAAGGAAGGGUUAUUUAAUUUUGUAAAUAAUUGUUUAAGAGAAAUAUCAAUUUAAAUGCAUUUUUCCUUCCAUUGUCUUAACCAAGUGUGCCGCACAAGCCCUCAAAAGUGAAGCCAAAACGUCUCGAUCACCCCCCGGUGACUGGUCCUAGUAUAGGUCAUAAACCCCGCCUCCCCAUGUUAUUCAACGGGAUGUGAGACCAACUAAACAAUUAAAUUUAGUUAGUUAUUUGAUGCUAUAAAAACGGUGCUGUGACAUCAUGAUUGACAGCUGUGAUUGACAGGUUCUCUGAGUGAAGUAGUCACUGAAGCACCAACUGACUUUUUUUCGGGAUCUUCGGAGGUCUGAGGAGAUUGAAGCUUUAAAUGUAAUAUCUAAAUUUCUAGAAUUAAUUAUUUCACACCGUCAUAAGUCAAAAGUGCAGAGGAGUGUCCUUGUGAUUGAUUCAGCGAGAGUGAGGGCGGGGCCUUGAUUUCGCGGCUUUACUUCCUGCUCACUACUGCGCAGGUCUGGUCCAGAAAUCGCAACUGCGCAGACUCAAGUCCCAAGAUGUCAGCGCCACAUCGGGACACUGGCGGCUUCAGUUCUCACCAAUGGAAAAGAGCGAAGGGGCGUCGUCCAUCUUUUUUUUACAGUCUAUGGUCUUAACAGGUCAGUUUUGACCCGUAUAGGAAUAACCAGUUGUGACCUUUCACCUUUUGGACUUUAGGCUUUAAAUCGUUUUUUGAUGAAUCUAUGAAUCCAAUUUGACAUAAAAUAUUUCACAUUUUCUCAAAUUUAGUCCAAACUGUUCUACAUUAUACAUUUUGGGGGCCACAAUAAAACUAUUUUCGUUAAAGGGGGUCUUAAGUGCCGUUGUACACCAAUCAGGAAUUUAUGCAUUUUGGUUUUCAAUACGGGUCAAAAAUGACCCGAAGUACAAAAGGGAGGGUUAAGACUUGUUUUCAGUGAAUAUACUGUACCUUGAAGCCUCACUAAAUAGUGUUAGAUUUGUGCUUUAAACAAGAAAACAACAAUUGUUCUGGUUUUAAAGAUGUAUGGAUAAUUAUACUGGAAAACAAGACAACAAUACUGAUGUGUUGCAGUAAUAAUACUGCACUUCACACCUGCAGCAUGUUGUUGGUAAAGUGCCACUGAAUAUUAAUUCAGAUUAAAAAAGCCGUUUUACACUGUCUGCAUCAUGUUCCUGGUUAUUGUGCCUGUAACCAUGUGAUAGCUGUGCUGUGUUGUGCUCGGUCUCAUUUAACGCGACAAUUCAGCAACUUUUUACGGUUUGCUUUGUCAAUCUAGGGAUUGUAAUGACAGCAUAUGGAUGGCGAUUGCAAAAAAACUGGAUUACGAGUAUAUUCACAUCGAUUUUAGUUUUAUUGAAGUGCUUUCUGAAGGUCUGUCUGUUGUUUAUGUCUUUAUGUAUUUAUAUCUACUGCUAUAUCUCACCUUCUUUAGCUACAUUACAUGGCCAACAUUGCGUGUCUACAUACUUUUGGCCACGAAGUGUAUCUUUCCAACGCACCUUUUUUGUGUGAACUAUAGCACUUGUUGCAAUAAUUCAAGAACAACAGACUGAUUUCAACCCUGUCACAGGGUGAUUGUAUGCCUUGGUGGUGAUGUCUUUGGUCAGGGUCAACUUUGGGCCAAUGCGAAAGCAUUGUUGCGGCCCUUGAGUGAACCUACUAUACAGUAGAUGGUACCAGUGUUGGAUCUUUCACAUCAGAUGGAUUGAUUUUGAUGUAAAAUGUUUCAGUAUUCUCAGAGGACCCAUGGAAGAAUGUUACAAAAGAUAAUACAAAGUGGUGAGAAGUUGCUGAAUGGUCCCUUCACUUCAUGCAAUGCUUGAUAUUGAUUCAAAAGUCCAAUACCACUCCAUAAAAGGUUAUAUGAUGGUAGAUGAUGUACGUUACACUGUGCAAUGGGUUUCUUAAUGUCGUAAACGCACGUCACCUUAGUGUGAAGCAGAAUUACGGAUGUGUUCUAUCUAAUUUGGGGUCAUAUACUGUAAAAGGAAUGAUUUUACGUUCUUGUUUGUAAUUUCCCCCCAAAUGAUUAUUUGUAAAACUUAAGUUCCAUUUUGUACAGAACAUUAUAAAUGUAUACAUUGUAAAUAGAGUGGCCCUGCAUUUGCAACAACAAUCAUUAAAGAAAAAUAAUGUCAUUGAGAAAUGUGGUUUGAAUGGGAGAAAAGGAGGAUGCCCAUUACACAUGUGGACUGUGUGCUUCUGAUGUUCAUAACAUGACCACCAAGACGUUGUCCAUCUGUCAUAAUAAAACC